AUGCAUUAUUACAUGCCUGGCUUAUCCCUGCUCACUGACCUGGUCUUUCUCUCUCUCUCUCUCUUUCCUCCACCCCUCCCGACUCCCUGGGUGCAGCUUUCACUCCCAGAGGAACAGAAUGAGGUAACCAGGAACGGCUGUGAAUCCAAGGAACUGGUCUACCUGGUGCAGAUCUCCUGUCAGGGGAGGAGCUGGAUCGUGAAGAGGAGUUAUGAGGAUUUCAGGGUGCUGGACAAACACCUUCACCUGUGUAUCUAUGACCGGCGCUUCUCCCAGCUGGCAGAGCUGCCCCGCUCCGAUGCCCUGAAGGACAGCCCAGAGCUCGUCACCCAGAUGCUGAUGGCUUACCUGUCACGGCUCUCGGCCAUCGCAGGCAACAAGAUCAACUGUGGGCCUGCUCUCACAUGGAUGGAGAUUGAUAACAAGGGGAAUCACCUGCUGGUUCAUGAGGAGUCGUCCAUUAAUGUUCCUGCUAUUGCUGCUGCCCAUGUUAUUAAGAGAUAUAUUGCUCAAGCAGCAGAUGAACUGUCCUUUGAGGUGGGGGACAUAGUGUCUGUUAUUGACAUGCCACCGAAGGAGCUCACCACCUGGUGGAGAGGCAAACAUGGAUUUCAGGUUGGAUUUUUUCCUAGUGAGUGCGUCGAACUAAUUAACGACAAAGUUCCUCAGUCUGUGACCAAUUCUGUGCCAAAACCAG